UCUGCUGGAGGUGGGGGAUAGAAAAGGGGGGGACGUGGUAAGGCGUCAGCGGCGGCUGCUUUUUCGAGGGCCUGUUUCUGCUGCGGUUUUCCGGCUUCUGGAGGCGCAGGAGGACAUUAGAAGUAAUGGUGACCUCUCAAGGUAUAACAACAUUUGGAAGAGGUAUGUCAGAACACGUCAAGGAUCCCACAACUAUUGAUGAACUUCACCUGGCUCCAGAAGAAAUCCAGUCUGACUCUGAGGACUGUUCAAUGGCUCAAGAAUCUCCAAAAAAUUCAGCUGCAGAGAUUGCUGUAACUAGUAAUGGAGAACUUGAGGAUUCGCACGAGCACAAUUUUAAUAGGGACCUGAAGCGCUCUAUACCAGCUGGACUUGGUCUGUCUGAAACCCAAAUUACAUCUCAUGGCUUUGACAGUACCAAGGAAGGGGUCAUUGAAGCUGGACCUUUUCAAGGUUCCUCAGCACCACCCAUGUCACCUGUUAUAUCUCCUAGCAAUGCAGCAGCUAGCAGACUGGCUGGACAAGGGAGUGACUUAAUUAUUCCCAAAGGCAGUCAACAAAUGCAGCAAAGAAGUGGACCAGUUGUUUUAGCAGACGAGGUGAAGAAUCCAGCAAUGGAAAAACUGGAGCUUGUGAGGAGAUGGAGCCUAAAUACUUACAAGUGUACUCGUCAGAUAAUCUCUGAGAAACUGGGUCGAGGUUCACGAACAGUAGAUCUAGAGUUGGAAGCUCAAAUAGAAGUCCUGAGGGAUAACAAAAAGAAAUACGAAAAUGUCCUGAAACUGGCACAGAUCUUGUCCACACAGCUUUUCCAGAUGGUCCAUACCCAAAGACAACUUGGAGAUGCAUUUGCAGACUUGAGUUUGAAAUCAUUAGAACUCCACGAAGAGUUCGGAUAUAACGCUGAUACUCAGAAACUUCUUGCUAAAAAUGGUGAAACUCUUCUUGGAGCAAUUAGCUUUUUUAUUGCCAGUGUGAACACUUUGGUGAAUAAAACCAUUGAGGAUACGUUAAUGACUGUAAAACAGUAUGAAAGUGCCAGGAUCGAAUACGAUGCUUAUCGCACAGAUCUAGAAGAACUGAAUCUUGGCCCACGUGAUGCCAAUACUUUGCCAAAGAUUGAGCAGUCGCAACAGCUUUUUCAGAUACAUAAAGAAAAGUAUGACAAAAUGCGUAAUGAUGUGUCCGUUAAAUUGAAGUUUUUGGAGGAAAACAAGGUCAAAGUAUUGCACAAUCAGCUCGUUCUGUUCCACAAUGCCAUUUCAGCAUAUUUUGCAGGGAAUCAGAAGCAGCUCGAACAGACACUUAAGCUAUUCCAUAUCAAAUUGAAAACUCCAGGAAUAGAUGCACCAUCCUGGCUGGAAGAGCAGUAAUAAACCCUGGCAUGAAGAUCUGUUGGGCAUCUUAGAAUCUUGGGGAUCAAGGAACUUGGAUAAAGAGGACCUUUUGGAGUAAUACAUGUGCAAGCGGCUUUAAUCUGCCCCCCCUCCCCCGGAUAAUGAAUAUUGUAGUAGUAAUCUGGAAUGGGUGAAUUUAAUGUAACCAAAUGCAAUUUGUCAUUUCAAAAACAAAUCUUUUUAUGUGAGGGUGAUGGUUAUUUCUGUAGUAGGGAAAUAAUAGAAAUUUGCACUGACAAAUAUUUGUGGUCUCUGGUAAUUAUGGCGGCGAGCUGAGAAAUAUGUAAAGGCAGAUGCUCCCAAUUUGUAUCAACAUCUGAUAUUUUAUAUAAAUGUAUUAAAUUUCUCUAAAGAUUCUUUUUCAUGUAACGGUGUUUUGAAAAGAAUAAAUAUUUUGCAGAGUAAUAAUAUAAGGCCUUCAUGCAGCAUCCACAAAAUAUCAACUGCCUGGCUGAUACGUGGAAUUGCAGCAAAUACCUUUUUUAGAAGUUAGAUUUUUUCCAUUAUAUGUUAAAAAACACUAAAUGUAUAUUCCUUUUUUACCUUCUUGGUCUGAAAUGUUGAACACCGUUUAGCAUUGUAAUGAUGACCUGCUGGGGAAGUAUACCUUUUCCAUAAUAACUUGAUUUUUUAACUUUCUAUUUAAAAAUACCAUAGUUGCCUUAAAUUCAGAAGUGCCUUUUCCAGCUUUCCUUUAACAGGUGUGAACAAUACAUAGGAUGUCCUCUUUAGUUUUCUUUUAAAAACAAAUAAGAAAUGCAGACUAAGGCCAGUCUGGGACAUAUGUGCUUGUGUGAACUGCAUACCCUGUUGCCGUAGGUUAAUGUGAUUGAUUCUGUUUUUUCAGUCAGCACUAUAACCCUUAUUAAGUGUACAAUUCAGUUUACCCUUUUAGGCUUUUAAAAUUAUACUUUGGAGCAUCCCCACUUGCACACGUUCUACUGCUUUUUGUGUUUAUAUGAUGAUCCACUUAAAAUAACUUAUCACAGUUUAUAUGGAUUGUAAUAUUAUGUAUUAUAUGUUGAAAUAGAUUCUGUUGCUUCAUAAACUGAUCGUGUUUCAGUCUUAAUGUAAAGUGUGUAUCAGUUAAAUUUAAAAUCAUUCCUUAUUAUAUUACAGUCUUAAGAUGUUCAUGGUUUUUUGCUGUUCAGAGUUUUUUCUCUUACAGUGACCAUUUCUUAGAAUGUAUCUUCUUUGUUAACUUUGUAUUCAUACUAAAGGUGUUUGCUGCA